AUGUCUGACAAUAUAGUGGUGAAUUCUUAUCUCUCAGGCAAGAGUUUUGGCGUGCCCUACAUGCCUCGGGAUUUUCCAGAGUUAGUCUUCUAUAUCAAAACCUUUAUUUAUUCCUACACUAUUCAGACCUUUUAUUGGUUUCUGGAGAGGUACUUUUCCGAGCAAGUGUUCACGUAUCCGUGGAAUUACUUAGCGUUAGCAAGAGAUGUCUGGAUUACGUGGGUGGUCUGGACGAAAUUGUCGUACUUCGUGUCGUGGAUUCGUGGUUAUGGCAUUGUUCGCUCUCUUCGGGCUUUGUAUAGAAACGUUUCUACUAGAGUCUUUAAGUUUAUCUUGUCAUUGCCCAUUAUCAAGAAUAAGGUCGAUUCUGAACUUGCUGCCACGCUAGUAAAAAUGGAGAAGGAAUUGAUGAAAAAUGACGACAGUCUCUUGCAAUUCCCGUCUCUUCCGGAACAAGGACUUAGUAAGGAUGCAAUUGUAGAAGAAUUGGAUAAGCUUCAGGAAUUGAAACACUCCAACUGGGUCGAUGGAAGAGUCAGCGGGGCUGUUUAUCAUGGAGGAGACGACUUGUUGGAAUUGCAAGCCGAGGCUUACAGAAAGUAUUCUGUAGCCAACCAGCUUCAUCCGGACGUGUUUCCCGGAGUGCGGAAAAUGGAAGCUGAAGUCGUAGCCAUGGUGCUUGAGAUUUUCAAUGGGCCAAAGGGAAGCUGUGGCUCUACCACUUCUGGAGGUACUGAGUCGUUGCUAUUGGCUGGUUUAGCGGCCAGAGAAUAUGCUAAAAGAAAAAAGGGAUUAACGUCUAACUUUGAAGUUAUUGCUCCGGUUACAAUCCAUGCUGGUAUAGAAAAGGCGUGCUAUUAUUUUGGCAUGAGACUUCACAAAGUGGAUUUGGAUCCAAAAACGUACCAAGUAGACUUGAAGAAGGUCAAAAGACUCAUAAACUCUAACACGGUAUUGUUAGUAGGGUCAGCACCUAAUUUUCCUCACGGCAUUAUCGACGAUAUCGAAGGUCUUUCGGACCUAGCAGUAAAGUACAACAUCCCUCUUCAUGUGGAUGCCUGUUUAGGGUCGUUUAUUGUUACCUUUUUAGAAAGAUCAAAAGUCCAUGGAGACGUUGAUCUUCCUAAAUUUGACUUCAGAGUUCCUGGAGUUACUUCAAUCUCGUGUGACACUCACAAGUACGGCUUUGCUCCGAAAGGUUCGUCUAUUAUCAUGUACAGAAAUACGCAGUUACGUGAAUGUCAGUACUACAUUCUGAGCGACUGGACUGGCGGAAUGUAUGGCUCACCGACUUUGGCUGGGUCCAGACCCGGUGCCUUGAUGGUAGGUUGCUGGGCUACAUUAGUCAAUUACGGAAUCGCCGGAUAUGAAAAGUCUUGCAGAGACAUUGUAAGUUCGGCAAUGAAAGUCAAGAAGGCUAUUCGUUCCGAUAAAGUCUUGAGCACGUAUUUAGAAGUAAUAGGUGAGCCUGUUGCAUCGGUUAUUUCGUUCAAGGUUAAGGACGAGUAUGCCAAAAAGAAAUUCAGUGUAUAUGAAUUGGGAGAUAUCCUCAAAAAGAAAGGAUGGCAUUUCCUGACCUUGCAACAUCCACCAGCUCUUCACUUUGCCUUCACCAAGCUUACCAUCCCUAUUGUAGAUGAAAUGCUUGCUGAUCUUGUGUCAUCAGUACAUGAGUUGGUGGAUCAUUGGGAGAAUAGUACUACACCAAGUAGUGAUGUUGCUACUAUAUAUGGGGUUGCUGGCAGCGUGAGAACUGCAGGUGUCGCCGAUAAAGUGAUUGUAGCUUUCUUAGAUACUUUGUAUAAGAUCUAG